UGGAGCAGAGAAAUAUCGAGUUCAUGCAGAGGAAAAAGGAAUUUGAGGAGCAGGAGAGACUGAAAAAGAAAGCAGAGGAGAGGAAGAAGUUCGAGGAGAGGAUGGCAGAGUUUGAGCGGGAGAGAGUAGCGGAACACGAGACAUUGAAGAAGAUCGAGGAAGAGAAAAUCCGAGAAAGACAGAAACUUAGAGAGGAGAGAGAGAGGCAGCUGGCAAAGGAAAGGGCAGAGAGAGAAAGGCUUGAUAUGGAGAAAGGAAAACAGAAGGACCUGGAGCUGAAACAGAAGAUGGAGAAAAUCAAGGAAUUAGUAUGACAAGGGUUUCUAGGAGAGUCAGCAGUGUUUGAAAUUGGUUUGAAACUUGGUAUAGACCACAGAUCUAUGCCAAAACAA